UAUCACGAGAUCAAUAAUAAGCCGUCUACAGAACAGAUGUGAUACCAUACCAUACGUGAAGAUCACUAUGUGAUGAGAUCUUUUACUCUCUCUUUUUUUCUUUCUUUCUAUUUUUGACACUUUGUAGGGUCUACAGUACAGAGGUUAUCUUCUUUGUGUGCUCCGUCUCUAUCCUCUCAAGCAUUGCCUAAAUCGCUGCUCCUUCAUUUUCUUUUUUCUCAUAACUUUGUUUUUCACUCAGACUUAACAAUUUGAUCUGACUCCUAAUGAAUUCUCCACUGCAUCAUGAUGAUGAGGUUAAGAAGAAAACAUGGAAGCAAACAGUUCUUCUGUCAUUUCAAAUUGUUGGAAUAGUCUAUGGUCAACUGAGCACUGCACCCUUAUAUGUAUUUGGGACGAUGCGCGUGGAAGAUCUUGCAUCACAGGAGGAGGUUUAUGAAAUCUUCUCCUUCAUUUUCUGGACCCUGACAAUAAUUUCUUUGCUCAAGUAUGCCUUUAUAGUGCUGAAAGCUGAUGAUAAUGGAGAAGGUGGUACUUUUGCUUUAUACUCGCUGUUAUGUAGAAAUGCAAAAGUUGGCCUGUUUCCAUGUGAUAGAAGCACCAACGAAGUUAUGCUUUAUGAGGAGACAAGUCCUUCUAAGAUCAAUACUGAUUCAAGAGCACGAAGGGCCAUUGAGAAACACAAGAUCGGUCACUAUCUAAUAUUGUUCUUGGCCCUCUUUGGUUCCUGUAUGACAAUUGGUGACGCAGUGCUCACUCCAGCACUCUCAGUGUUAUCAGCUUCAGCUGGUGUUCAGAGAUCCUUGUCAGAUAUGGUGCCGCGCAUGUUUUCCAAGUCGCAACAUACUCAGGAGUCCGUGUCAGAGGCCCUCAAAAGAUAUGUACCUGUUCCCACUGCGUGUGUUAUAUUGGUUGGCCUGUUCAUGCUGCAGCACUUCGGGACACGCAAAAUUGGGUUCAUGUUUGCUCCAAUCAUUGCUGUUUGGCUGUUGUUUGUUGGUGUGGUGGGAACGUAUAAUGUUUUCUACUGGGAUGUAAAAAUUAUCAAUAAAAUAUCCCCAGUGUACAUGUUCAAAUUCAUCACAAGUAUUAACAUUGGCAGAUGGAGGUUGUUAGGGAGCGUCAUUUUAUGUGUAGCGGGAUCAGAGGCAAUGUUUGCAGACCUGGGCCAUUUCUCCAAGAAAUCAAUUAAGAUUACAUUUAUAUGCUUGAUUUAUCCGCUUCUUAUUUUAUGCUAUGCUGGUCAGGCUGCAUAUAUCUCCCAAAAUAUGCACGCUCAAUAUUUUAAUCAUCUUAGUGAAUCUAUGCCACGUCAUUGCAAACAUGUGUACAUAGUAUUAUCCCUACUUUCUUCAGCUGUAGGAAGCCAAGCAACCAUAACAGCGAGUUUCUCCAUCAUUAACCAGUGCCUCGCAUUAAAUUGCUUUCCCAGAGUAAAAGUUGUUCACACAUCAAAAACGAUACAUGGGCAGAUUUACAUCCCCGAUGUCAACUGGUUAUUGAUGAUUUUCAGCCUCAUUGUCACAGUUGGUUUCAGAGACAUUGUAAAGAUUGGCAAUGCAACAGGUUUGGCUAUAAUUUGUGGAAUGCUUGUGACAACUAGUCUGAUGUCACUAAUCAUUGCUUUGUAUUGGGAGAAAAAUUUUAUUGUAUCUGCGUGCUUUUUUCUGUGUUUUGGCUUUCUUGAGGCUGCAUAUCUUUCAGCAUGUCUUUUACAAUUUCACAAGGGAGCUUGGUAUCUAGUUGUCCUUUUGGCGGUGUCCAUGACAAUCAUGCUUUCAUGGCAUUAUGGAACUAUGAAGAAGUACGAAUUUGAUUUGCAAAACAAGGUGUCAACUGACUGGCUAAUAGAAGUUAGUCCAGGCCUUGGCAUUUCCAGGGUACCUGGAAUUGGCUUCAUUUACACAGACAUAGUAGCAGGAAUCCCAGCUUUCUUUUCGCAUUUUAUUACUAAUCUCCCUGCAUUUCAUCAAGUGUUGAUCUUGGUGUCCUUCAAGUCUAUACCGGUGCCUUAUAUCCCAGAAAGCGAAAGGUAUCUCAUAGGUAGGAUUGGGCCCAAAGAUUAUAAAAUUUAUCGUUGCAUUGUCAGAUGUGGAUAUUGUGAUCAUAUCAGGGAUACGGGUGAUUUUGAGGAGCAGAUUAUUCGUUCUAUAGGGGAAUUCAUUUCCAUUGAACAGAGUGACAUUGAAUCCAUGGUUCCCCCAGAUGAAAGAAUGAUUGUUGUUGGAAAUUCAGCACCAGAUGGAAAUGCUCUAGUUCCCCUGGAUGAACUUGACUCAUGCAUGGUGAACAAUGAAUGUCAGAUUAAUCCAGUAGGUGAUACUUUGGAGAGUACUAGUCGUCCUAGCAAGAAAAAAAAAGUUCGGUUCAUGUUGCCUGCUAAUAGUCCUAAAAUGCAGCCUUCUGUCAGGAAGGAGCUCUUAGAGCUAAUUGAUGCCAGGGAGAGUGGUAGUGCCUAUUUCUUGGGCCAAUCACAUUUAGUGGUGCGUGAUGGCUCUAACUUCCUCAAGAAAUUCUUAAUCAUGGCCUAUCGUUUUAGUGAAAAAAAUUGUCGAGAACCUCCAGUGGCUCUUAAAAUCCCUCAUGCUGCUCUUGUAGAAGUUGGAAUGGUAUGUACAAUAUAACAUGAAAAAAUUAUAGGAGUUUUGCUGUUUUAGAAAUUCAAGGGGGAGAUGAAAGUUGAGAAAAUUGGAAAGAACCACCAAUAGAGAAGUGAGGUACACAAAGCAAAGAAAAAGCAUCUUAUCUGUAGAAGUAUUUCUUAUUUUUGCUUCCUUGUAGACCCCAAACUAUGCAAGAUAUAAUGGAAACAAAAAAGAGUUUUGGAGUCUUGCACCAGAAAAAGAGAUCACCGGAGUCUUAUAGUCCCCCUUAGAUGAUAGAGACAUUUUGGCCAUAUAAAAUGUGAUAUA